ACACUUGCCUGUGGUGUCAGCAAGCACUGUUGACUUCUUCCUCUGGUGAAGUGGGUUUACUUGAACUUGAAGGAAAGAAAAAAAAUGUCUCCACUUCUGAGAAGCAUCUGUGACAUCACUGAAAUUUUCAAUCAGUAUGUCUCUCAUGAUUGUGAUGGAGCAGCAUUAACUAAGAAAGACCUGAAGAACCUCCUUGAAAGGGAAUUUGGAGCUGUGCUUCGGAGACCACAUGACCCUAAGACGGUAGAUCUGAUCCUGGAACUUCUGGAUCGUGACAGUAAUGGGCGUGUCGAUUUCAACGAAUUCCUCCUAUUUAUUUUCAAAGUGGCUCAAGCUUGUUACUAUGCUCUUGGCCAGGCCACGGGACUGGAUGAGGAGAAGCGAGCCCGGUGUGACGGAAAGGAGAGCCUGUUACAAGAUCGCAGGCAAGAAGAAGACCAAAGGAGAUUCGAGCCCCGGGACAGACAACUGGAAGAAGAACCUGGGCAACGACGCAGGCAGAAGAGGCAGGAACAGGAGAGGGAGCUAGCUGAGGGAGAGGAGCAAAGUGAGAAACAAGAGCGACUUGAACGGCGCGACAGGCAGCGCCGCGACGAGGAGCUGUGGCGGAAAAGGCGAGAAUGGCAAGAACAGGAAGAGCGCCGUGCAGAGGAAGAGCAGCUGCAGAGUUGCAAAGGUCACGAAACUGAGGAGUUUCCAGACGAAGAGCAACUGCGAAGGCGGGAGCUGCUGGAGCUGAGGAGGAAGGGCCGCGAGGAGAAACAGCAGCAAAGGCGAGAGCGGCAAGACAGAGUGUUCCAGGAGGAAGAAGAGAAAGAGUGGAGGAAGCGCGAGACAGUGCUCCGGAAGGAAGAAGAGAAGUUGCAGGAAGAGGAGCCGCAGCGGCAAAGAGAGCUCCAAGAGGAAGAAGAGCAGCUACGGAAGCUGGAGCGGCAAGAGCUGAAGAGGGAGCGGCAAGAGCUGAAGAGGGAGCAAGAGCAGCAGCAGCAAAGGCUGAGGCGCGAGCAGCAACUAAGGCGCAAGCAGGAGGAGGAGAGGCGCGAGCAGCAGGAGGAGAGGCGCGAGCAGCAGCUGAGGCGCGAGCAGGAGGAGGAGAGGAUCGAGCAGCAGCUGAGGCGCGAGCAGGAGGAGGAGAGGCACGAGCAGGAGGAGGAGAGGCACGAGCAGGAGAGGCGCGAGCAGCGGCUGAAGCGCGAGCAGGAGGAGAGGCGCGAUUGGCUGAAGCGCGAGGAGGAGACGGAGAGGCACGAGCUGGAGACGCGCAAGCAGCAGCUGAAGCGCGAGCAGGAGGAGGAGAGGCGCGAGCGUUGGCUGAAGCUCGAGGAGGAGGAGAGGCGCGAGCAGCAACUAAGGCGGGAGCAGGAGGAGAGGCGCGAGCAGCGGCUGAAGCGCCAGGAGGAGGAAGAGAGGCUCGAGCAGCGGUUGGGGCGCGAGCAACAACUAAGACGCGAGCAGGAGGAGAGGCGCGAGCAGCUGCUGAAGCGCGAGGAGGAGGAGAGGCUCGAGCAGGAGGAGAGGCGAGAGCAGCGGCUGAAGCGCGAGCAGGAGGAGAGGCGCCAGCAGCGGCUGAAGCGCGAGCAGGAAGAGAGGCUCGAGCAGCGACUGAAGCGCGAGGAGGUGGAGAGACUCGAGCAGGAGGAGAGGCGCGAGCAGCGGCUGAAGCGCGAGGAGCCGGAGGAAGAGAGGCGCCAGCAGCUGCUGAAGAGCGAGGAGCAGGAGGAGAGGCGCCAGCGGCAACUAAGGCGCGAGCAGCGGCUGAAGCGCGAGGAGGAGGAAGAGAGGCUCGAGCAGGAGGAAGAGAGGCUCGAGCAGCGGCUAAAGCGCGAGCAUGAGGAAGAGAGGCUCGAGCAGCGGCUGAAGCGCGAGCAUGAGGAAGAGAGGCGCGAGCAGGAGCUAGCUGAGGAGGAGCAGGAACAGGCCCGGGAGCGGAUUAAGAGCCGCAUCCCGAAGUGGCAGUGGCAGCUAGAAAGCGAGGCCGACGCACGGCAAAGCAAAGUCUACUCGAGGCCCCGCAAGCAGGAAGGGCAGAGGCGCCGCCAAGAGCAGGAGGAAAAGAGGCGGCGCCGGGAGAAUGAGCUGCAAUGGCAGGAGGAGGAACGGGCUCACCGGCAGCAGCAGGAAGAGGAGCAGCGCCGGGACUUCACAUGGCAGUGGCAGGCGGAGGAAAAGAGCGAGAGGGGCCGUCAGAGGCUGUCGGCCAGGCCCCCAUUGCGGGAGCAGCGGGAGAGGCAGCUGAGGGCCGAGGAGCGCCAGCAGCGGGAACAACGGUUUCUCCCGGAGGAGGAGGAGAAGGAGCAGCGGCGCCGCCAGCGACGCGAGAGGGAGAAAGAGCUGCAGUUCCUGGAGGAAGAGGAGCAGCUCCAGCGGCGGGAGCGUGCCCAACAGCUCCAGGAGGAGGAGGACGGCCUCCAGGAGGAUCAGGAGAGGAGGCGAAGCCAGGAGCAGCGCCGCGACCAAAAAUGGAGGUGGCAACUAGAAGAAGAAAGGAAGAGACGCCGCCACACGCUGUACGCCAAGCCAGCCCUACGAGAGCAGCUGAGGAAGGAACAGCAGCUGCUGCAGGAGGAGGAGCUGCAGAGAGAGGAGCGCGAGAAGAGAAGGCGCCAGGAACAGGAAAGACAAUACCGCGAGGAAGAGCAACUGCAGCAGGAGGAAGAGCAGCUGCUGAGAGAGGAACGGGAGAAAAGAAGACGCCAGGAGCGGGAAAGGCAAUAUCGGGAGGAUGAGAAGCUGCAGCAGGAGGAAGAGCAGCUGCUGGGAGAGGAACCGGAGAAGAGAAGGCGCCAGGAGCGGGAGAAAAAAUACCGCGAGGAAGAGGAGUUGCAGCAGGAGGAAGAGCAGCUGCUGAGAGAGGAACGGGAGAAGAGAAGGCGCCAGGAGUGGGAGAGGCAGUACCGCAAAAAAGACGAGCUGCAGCAGGAAGAAGAGCAGCUGCUGAGAGAGGAACGGGAGAAAAGAAGACGCCAGGAGCGGGAGAGGCAAUAUCGGGAGGAAGAGGAGCUGCAGCAGGAGGAAGAGCAGCUGCUGAGAGAGGAACGGGAGAAGAGAAGGCGCCAGGAGCUGGAGAGGCAAUAUCGGGAGGAAGAGGAGCUGCAGCAGGAGGAAGAGCAGCUGCUGAGAGAGGAACCGGAGAAGAGAAGGCGCCAGGAGCUGGAGAGGCAAUACCGCGAGGAAGAGGAGCUGCAGCAGGAGGAAGAGCGGUUGCUGAGAGAGGAACAGGAAAAAACAAGGCGCCAGGAGCGGGAGAGGCAGUAUUGGGAGGAGGAAGAGCUUCAGCGCCAGGAGAGGAAGCAGCGAUACCGGGAUGAGGAUCAGCGCAGUGAUCUGAAACGGCAGUGGGAACCAGAAAAAGAAAAUGCAGUUCGUGAUAACAAGAUUUACUGCAAACGUAGAGAGAAUGAACAGUUCCGGCAGUUGGAAGAUUCCCAGGUGCGCGACAGACAAUCCCAGCAAGAUCUGCAGCACCUGCUGGGUGAACAGCAAGAGCGAGAUCGUGAGCAAGAGAGGAGGCGCUGGCAGCAGCGCGACAGGCAUUUCCCAGAGGAAGAACAGCUGGAGCGAGAAGAGCAAAAGGAAGCCAAAAGGCGUGACAGGAAGUCCCAAGAGGAAAAGCAGUUGCUGAGAGAGGAAAGAGAAGAGAAGAGACGCCGUCAAGAGACAGACAGAAAAUUCCGCGAGGAGGAACAGCUGCUCCAGGAAAGGGAGGAACAGCAGCUGCGCCGCCAAGAGCGUGACAGAAAAUUCCUCGAAGAGGAACUGCGCCGUCAGGAACAAGGGAGAAAAUUCCUCGAGGAGGAACAGCGGCUGCGCCGCCAGGAACGGGAGAGAAAAUUCCUUAAGGAGGAACAGCCGCUGCGCCGCCAGGAGCGCGAGCAACAGCUGCGUCAGGACCGCGACAGAAAAUUCCGCGAGGAGGAACAGCAGCUGAGCCGCCAAGAGCGUGACAGAAAAUUCCGUGAAGAGGAACAGCAGGUGCGCCGCCAGGAAGGAGAGAGAAAAUUCCUGGAGGAGGAACAGCAGCUGCGCCAGGAGCGCGACAGAAAAUUCCGCGAAGAGGAACAGCUGCUCCAGGAAAGGGAAAAACAGCAGCUGCACCGCCAAGAGCGUGACAGAAAAUUUCUCCAGGAGGAACCGCAGCUGCGCCGCCAGGAGCGCGAACAACAGCUGCGCCACGACCGCGACAGAAAAUUCCGUGAAGAGGGACAGCUGCCCCAGGAAGGGGAGGAACAGCAGCUGCGCCGCCAAGAGCGUGACAGAAAAUUCCGCGAAGAGGAACAGCAGCUCCGCCGUCAGGAACGAGAGAGAAAAUUCCUCCAGGAGGAACAGCAGCUGCGCCGCCAGGAACUGGAGAGAAAAUUCCGUGAGGAGGAACAGCUGCGCCAAGAAACGGAGCAAGAGCAGCUGCGCCGCCAAGAACGCUACAGAAAAUUCCUAGAGGAAGAGCAGCUCCGUCAGGAAAGGGAAGAACAGCAGCUGCGCCGCCAGGAGCGCGACAGAAAAUUCCGCGAGGAGGAACAGCUGCGCCAGGAGAGGGAGGAACAGCAGCUGCGCAGCCAAGAGUCUGGCAGAAAAUUCCGCGAGGAGGAACAGCUACGCCAGGAGAGGGAAGAACAGCAGCUGCGCCCCCAGCAGCGUGACGGAAAGUAUCGCUGGGAAGAAGAGCAGCUCCAACUUGAGGAACAAGAGCAGAGGCUGCGGCAGGAGCGAGACCGGCAGUACCGGGCGGAGGAGCAGUUUGCCACGCAGGAGAAGAGUCGUCGUCAGGAACAAGAACUAUGGCAAGAAGAGGAGCAGAAACGUCGCCAGGAACGGGAAAGGAAAUUACGGGAAGAACACAUCCGCCGCCAGCAGAAGGAGGAACAGAGGCGCCGCCAAGUCGGGGAGAUACAAUCCCAAGAAGGGAAGGGCCAUGGGCGGCUUCUGGAGCCUGGCACUCAUCAGUUUGCCAGUGUCCCAGUGCGCUCCAGCCCUCUCUAUGAGUACAUCCAAGAGCAGAGAUCUCAAUACCGCCCUUAAGCGUUGUUGCCAAUAUCCUGACACCUGCCAAAGCUUCGAGCACGGGAAAAUGAGAAACACUGGGUACCAAGUGAUAACUCAGAUGUUUCUGGUUGUGGGAAAACUCUCUGAUAUUAGAAUGUCUUUUCUUCCAAAAUCUUAAACUACGCUCAUUUUAUGCACUUUGUACUCCUGCUUUUUAUUCUUCUUCAAGUAAUUCUUUACUGCAAGAUGUCUUUCUUUUGCUCUUUGAUGCAGAUGUGGUGUGCAUUUAAAAAAACAUAAAUCAUUUAAUUUGUUUAAGAAAUUUUGUUUGAGGAACAUGUUCAUUUAUUGCUUUCAGAAGUAACAAGAGUAAUAGGAUGAUUUGAGAUUCUAAACAAUGGGUCGGUUUGUUUAAUGACUGACCCAUCUUGUGGAAAGUGCAGAUACUUUUAAUGUUCAAGUUGCUAUUUCUUCUUGAACCUAAAUUGAUCAUUGCCUCCAAACAGCAAUUCAUCUUUUGUGGCAUAAUUAGCACAAAUUCCAGGUAACUAAAUUUUUAUAACCCUUGAAUAGUGCAGGGGGAGUGACCUCUGCAUAAAAACUUCCUGUGAAAUCAGCCCAUUACUGGAAGAAAUAUCUGUUAAGAAUAGGUUUAGCUUUGAAGAUUUAGAAUUUAAAUUAGAUUUUUUUUAAACUCAACUCCACUUAAACACAUAAUCUCAUGAAGAAAUAAUGAGGUGUUUCUCAAACAACUUCAGAGUUCAAAUUUUAAAACUAUGUCUGUUGUAGUCUAUAGUGUUCAUUCUACUUCCCCGUUUUGAUGAGUUUCAGAAUAUUAUGAACCUUUGUUAAUUUUAGCUUAUUAGAACGAAGCUGCUCAGAAUCCCAUAAACAUCUGUCUUACUCUAGGGCCAAUAAGAGAUCACAUAGAGCAUGUUGGGGGUGUAAAAGGGAAAAAUGUGUGAACAUAGGGGCAAAUUUCUAGAGGCCCUUUGACAAGACCCAUUUGCCCACAAUCAUUUGAGGCCUAUUGAUAAUACCUUAGAUAUAUUCUUGUUGAAAUAAUUGGACUGUGAAAAAUUAAUAAUAAAUGGCAAGUAACUACUUUUGUCUGUUUUAA